AUGUCCGACCUCAAUCCACAAGGCACCGUUGAACACGAUGAUGAAGGUGAUUCUCAUCCGCUCAUGGCACAGCAUGACUCUUCGAUGACGCUUGAUCCCUUACCGAGAGGUCCACCUCCAAGAAGACGAUUCUGGGAUAGAACCCUUGGAUUGUUCAGGACCAUCAAGGAAGAAGUUUCUAGAGAAAUGUCCGACCGUUCGCUUCGAAAUAAUCCCGAUCCUGACCUGGACUUGGGCUCAGAGAGAUACGUCUCACCACGCAAUACUUCCAAGAAGUUUCCGUCCAACGCCAUCUCCAAUGCGAAGUACAACCCAAUCACAUUCAUUCCGCUCAUCCUUUACGAGCAGUUCAAGUUCUUCUUCAACUUGUACUUCUUGCUUGUUGCGUUGUCACAGAUCAUCCCACAGCUACGAAUUGGCUACUUGUCAUCAUACAUUGUUCCCCUCGCAUUCGUCCUCACCGUCACAAUGAUGAAGGAGGCAGGCGACGACAUCGCCAGAAGAAAGAGAGAUUCAGAACAGAAUAAUGAGCGCUACGAGGUUCUCAACCGCCAAUCUCCCAUCACCCAAGACGUCGCCAUGGUGCAAUCGAAGAACUUGAAAGUGGGCGACUUGGUGAGACUCCACAAGGACCGCAGGAUACCGGCAGACAUGAUUUUGCUUCAGUCCUCCGAUGCUAACGGCGAAGCAUUCAUUAAAACUGACCAGUUGGAUGGUGAGACAGAUUGGAAGCUAAGGGUAGCUUGCAGUCUAACGGACGCAAUCACCGAUAUCAGCAAACUCGUCAACAACAUUUCCCUCAUUGUCGACAAGCCAACAAAAUCUAUUCACAAAUUUGACGGCAAACUUAUUUAUCACCAAAGCUCAGGCAACAACAAGACCAUACCCCUCACUGUUGACCAGACUUUAUGGGCAAACACUGUUCUUGCAUCCGGUACCGCCAUUGGUGUCGUUGUAUACACCGGCGUCGAGACUCGUCAGUCGAUGAACACUACCAUGUCUGGUGUUAAGACAGGGCUCUUGGAAUUGGAAAUCAACAGUUUGUCCAAAAUUCUUUGCAUUACGGUCUUCUUGUUGUCGGUGAUUUUGGUCUUGGCUCACGGAUUCCCAUUGAAGAAAACUUGGUACAUCGACAUACUUCGAUUCUUGAUUCUUUUCUCAACUAUCAUCCCAGUGUCUCUUCGUGUGAAUCUCGACUUGGCCAAAUCAGUCUAUGCAUCUCAUAUUCAAAAGGACAGAGAGAUUCCCAACACCAUCGUCCGGACGUCCACAAUUCCAGAGGAUUUGGGCAGGGUUGAAUACCUUUUGAGCGACAAAACUGGCACAUUGACCCAAAAUGACAUGGAAAUGAAAAAGCUUCAUCUUGGUUCGAUCUGCUACGCCGGUGAUACAUUCGACAUUGUUGCCGACUAUGUCAGCAAGCUUUUGUUCAACGAAGGCUUAGGUGGAUUCGGCUCGAAGAGAAAGGACAUGUCAACCAAAGUAUGUGAAUUGGCACUUGUUCUUGCCUUGUGCCACAAUGUGACACCCACAGAAGAAGACGGUGAGCUCACAUACCAAGCUGCAUCGCCAGAUGAAAUUGCCAUCGUGAGAUUCUGUGAGCAAGUGGGUCUCCGUCUUUUCAAACGUGACAGAAACAACAUAUCCUUGUUGCACCUUGCCACAGGCAAAGAAUUGAACUUUGAGAUCUUGUACAACUUCCCUUUUAAUUCCGAUACGAAGAGAAUGGGUAUCAUUGUCAAGGACUUGGAGCGUGAUGAAAUCACCUUCAUGGAAAAAGGUGCCGACACAGUCAUGGCAAAUAUCGUUAUGGCAACCGAAUGGCUUGACGAGGAAAUCUCCAAUAUGGCUAGAGAAGGCUUGCGUACGCUUGUUAUUGGUCGCAAAAGAUUGAACGCUGGCUUAUACCAACUCUUCAGUAAGGAUUAUGAGGAGGCAUCGUUGUUGAUGACAUCGAGAGAUGCUCAAAUGCAGCGUGUGGUGAGCAAGUACCUUGAAACCGAUGUUGAAUUACUUGGUAUCACUGGUGUGGAAGAUAAGCUCCAAAAGGACGUCAAGACCUCAAUUGAGCUUUUGAGAAAUGCCGGUAUCAAAAUUUGGAUGUUGACAGGUGAUAAAGUGGAAACAGCCAAGUGUGUGGCCAUCAGUGCCAAAUUGGUUGCCAGGGGUCAGUACGUGCAUCAGAUAACCAAGGUCCACAUUGCGGAUACGGCAAUGAGCCAACUUGACUAUCUCGUCAACAACUUCAACUCCUGUCUUCUUAUCGAUGGCGAAUCAAUUGCAUUCUACAUGAAACACUUUCGCCGUGAAUUCAUGGAGAUAGCACUUAGGCUCCCCGCAGUCAUCGCAUGCCGUUGUACUCCACAGCAAAAGGCUGAUAUCGCAUUGGCUAUCAAGGAGCUUACUGGCAAACGGGUAUGCUGCAUCGGUGAUGGAGGUAAUGACGUAAGCAUGAUCCAGUGUGCCGAUGUAGGAGUCGGAAUUGUUGGCAAAGAAGGCAAGCAGGCUUCGCUUUCAGCUGACUUCAGUAUUGACCAAUUCCACUUCUUGCUGAAACUUCUCCUUUGGCAUGGCAGAAACUCUUACAAGAGAUCGGCUAAACUUGGCCAAUUUAUUAUCCACAGGGGUCUCAUUAUCUCGGUUGCACAGGCCAUUUACUCCAUCUCAUCUAAAUUCGAGCCCCUUGCAUUGUAUAAAGGGUGGCUUAUGGUGGGAUACAGUACAUUGUACACUAUGGCACCCGUCUUUUCCCUUACUUUGGACCGAGAUAUCGAUGAAAGGUUGACAAAGAUGUACCCAGAGUUAUACAAGGAGCUCACGUUGGGCAAAUCAUUGUCGUACAAGACCUUUUUCAUGUGGGUGGCCAUUUCAUUAUACCAAGGAGCCAUCAUCCAACUGUUGGCGCAAAUAUUUCACACGGUUGCACCCGAGAAGUUCCUUCCCAUGGUCACCCUCUCUUUCGGAGCAUUGAUCUACAAUGAGCUUAUAAUGGUUGGCUUGACAAUCAACACCUGGAACAAGACAAUGGUGACCACCAUUGUGGUGACGCUCAUGAUCUACAUUGGACUGAUUCCUUUCCUUCCCGAUUACCUCGAUCUAGACUACAUUACGGACUUUUCUUAUUACUGGCAGACAGUGGUGGUGUUGGCUGUGAGCUUGUUCCCAGUGUGGCUUACACAGACGGUGAACCGUAAGCUUAGACCACCAACGUAUGCCAAGGUUCAGCAGGAUUAG